UCAUCAAUCCCCUCUGUUUAACACACCGCGCGAGCACGAGUUCUCAUCGUCAUAGAUAUUUUUCGCAACCCAAUCUCCCCCGCCUUUCCUCCUCCUUCCAUAAAUCGGCAUCGAUGGUGUCGCGUGCAAAUCGAUCUCCGUCAAUGGACGCUUCCGGUGCCGGAUCCGACGGCUCCUCCUGCUACUACUCCCACCUUGGGAUUCACCGCAAUGCCUCCGCCUCGGACAUCCGCGCCGCGUAUCGCCGCCUCGCCCUGAAGUGGCACCCGGACCGGUGGGCGAAGGAGCCGGCGGCGGCGGGGGAGGCCAAGCGGCGGUUCCAGCGAAUCCAGGAAGCGUAUUCGGUGCUCUCCGACAAGGGUAAGCGCGCCAUGUACGACGCCGGCCUCUACGAUCCUCUCGAUGACGACGACCAGGAUUUCGCCGAUUUCAUGCUAGAGAUGCUGGCGAUGAUGGACGGUGUCAAACCGGAGAAGCCGGACACGUUGGAGGACCUGCAGCGGAUGCUGGCGGAGAUGAUGGACGGUGAUUCAGGGAGCUGCGGCGCCGGGGCCCACUCGAGUGGCCGUCGAGGGCCGUUGGAUUCGUCCAGGAGGAGCCGUGGCGGUCCCACGCGGAGGUGAAGCGAUCUCUGGCCACGUACUCGUUUGGAGGAGCGUCGAAGUAGUGGGGUAAUGUUAUCGAUGGUUUGGAGCAGCAAUGUGAUCCCUUCGAAAGAAGAGUACAAUUGUGGCUCCAUGUGCGCGUAAGUAGAUUUAUGGGUUUGUUUUGAUCAAACGUAAUGAGUAGUAGUAGUCUAAGGGGUUGAGUUAAAUUGGUGUUGGGCCCGAUCAAUCUCAAUUGCAAUUUCUAUUUGCUGUAAGAUCUCACUCACAUCAGGUUGGCACCAAUAGAACUGCCAAAUCGCAAAAUCAUGUUUAUAAAUAA